AUGAGCAACAGAACGCCAGAAGUAGCAUGUUCGAGCGAUGCAGCUACACCGCAGACAUCCCAGACGGAUUCUUUACCGGCCAAUUGCAGUAAUCUCAUGAAAAGCAACAUUAGCCAUGCAAACGAACACAAUGCAUCUACAACAACGUCUGCAACCUUGUCUACAGCGCACAGUGUAGUUGAAUCCAUCUUAAAGAUGUCAGGUAGAGGGCGAACCCGCAUCGAAGGUGACUCAUAUCACAUACGCUUGGCAAUCAUGAUCAUUCUUCGGGCAUACAAAACGCGUCAAGUGGACAAUGAGUUUGACUUUGCGGUGGCGAUGGAAGUGGAGGCCGCGGGAAAGUUCGACGACAUACUGUACCACUACUCAUCGCCUCGGCUGGGCACCGGCAAUUUGUUCAUACAGGCAAAACAUAAACAGAACGCGGGAUCUAAGAUAGAAGAAGAUGGUCUCUGCUCUGCCUGGAACAGCAGAUCAUCUUGUUCGAUCCCAAUGUUCUUUGUUUCAUUUAUCGAGAUCGACCAGAAACUGCCCAAAGAUGCGCGUUACGUCCUGUGUAAUAACAGGGGACUCCAUGACAAAGUGAAAGGCUAUUUUAAGGAAAUAAUAAUUCAUCAGCAGAAUGCUUAUUUGAAUUUUUGCACCAGUAUAGGAGCAACGUGUUUUCAGUUUGAUUGGGACAAACCGUUCCCAACUCUGAUUGCAGCAUUACAGGAUUCAUGUCUCGAUAAACUAGGAAAGGAGUUUGCCCAACUCGUCUUUGGCGAUAAAGUAAUUAAUUUUAACGAUGUAAUGCUGUUUAACAUAUUUGCCAAAUUGAUUGACGAUUGCAUCGAACCAUUAGAAGAAGAAUCAAGCGAUUCUGUGCGUUUAUACAAGUUCACAGAAGCCUUUUUUGAUGAUAAAACUAAAACAACGGAAAAGGUUCGGACGGCGUUUGAAAAAGAAUGGGAAGAGCUAUGCAAGAGGAAACGGCAGGCGAGUGACAACAAAAAGACGAAUGAGUUGAUCAAGAUCAAGAUCCAGAUUGAUAAGGGUUCAUUCAUAUCUGCCAAAAACACACAAGACCACAUAAAGUUUGAUGAGAAAGUACGCGACUUCUACAGCAAAUUUUUGCUUGUUUGUAAUUCCUUUAAUGAAGAAAAUCUACGUCAAGCAGCAAUUAGUCUAUUGCCACAGUGGUGCAAUGCCGAGCAAGGAACAGUAUUGGACAAGUUGCAGGGGGAACUGUUGGAGGCAAUGAAAACGAAACAACGUACACCCCUGGACCUUAGAUUUUGGCAAAACUAUUUUAUUCGUCUCGAUCUUACUCAAAAACUUAAUAACACAAAGCAUUUUUCAAACGAGUACCAUGAGUCGGUGCAUCAAGAACAUCCUCAUAUUGAAGUCCUUCCGCAACGUUUGAAAGUUUCUAAACUGUAUGAAUUUUUAAAGGACGAGUUUAAUAGUGGGAUUUAUGAGUUUAACAGCACGCUUACAUUGACCGUAAGCUCGCGCAUUGUAGUUCAAACGUUGUCACUAUUAAAGCAAGCAACAAUAUUUGUGGAUAGUAUACGGUAUUCGACAAAGCAAGCUAUGAUGAACAUCCUCGAUGACUUGCUGAUGUAUCUGAGUGAUGUAAACCAUCCUACUAUCAAAGCGAUAACGAUACUGGGGAAACACAGAUGUUCAGAGUCCGUCGAUGAGAUUAAGCAAUUAACAGAAAAAUACUGCCAAAAGAUUAUUGUUCUAGAGCAGUUGUCGGGAAGGUCCCAAAAUGAAGAAUUUUUUGAGAAGAUUCAAGUGAAGGACCUCUCAGAUGCAGCAUUGAGACAGCUGUAUACACAAAAAGAACUUAAAAUGUUCGGUACUACUACGCCACUGAGUAGCAUUGUGAACGAUACCGACGAUUUGAGUUUGUUGUUGAAUGUUUUGGAGCUUUGUGAUCAAACGAAGGAAAUACACAACUGUGAGUUAAAUGUGCAUAAUUAUGAAAAGAUCCAAAACUGGUACAUUCAGCGCCAUUUUGUGUCAUAUAAGCCGAAUGGAACGGAGCAAGAAGGAUCUUAUCUAGAUAAUUUGUGCAAUUUAAGUGUGAGGAAAAUUCUCAUCUCGGACGAAAAGGAAUCCAAUGCACCUGGUCUUGGAGAUAGCGGCGAUGGGAAGGUGUAUAUCUUCCUCAACGAUGCAGGGCUCGGAAAAACAACCUACUUCACCUGGCUAGCGUGGCGUUUGUCAACGUUUGAUCUGUCUCGCUACGUUAUCAAAUUUAUCGCGAGGGAAUAUUCGACCGAUUUCGAACGAUUGCAAGGUAGAAAUGUGCAAAAUCUUGCAGACACACAAAUUGUUAGGAAAUUAUAUUGCUACAUCCAUUUGACGUUGUUCGUACCGAGUAUCAACAAGCGUACGAUCGACGAGACGGAUGUAGUUAGAAGCGAGGCCGAACGUUGUGCAGAACUGCUCGAGUUUUCAAACGGUCAAAUAUUAUUGGAUGCAACUAAGAAUUAUGAGCUCUCAGCAAAGGAAUUAUACGAGUUACGCUUGUUCCAGGAGAAGUUUAACAGUCGAAACAUCGUUUUAAUUCUAGACGGGUUUGAUGAGAUCGCGCCAUACUACAAGGAUGAGGUCAUGAAGUGUUUCGGACGAUUCGCAAGUCUUGAUGGCGUUCGAUCGCUGUACCUAUCCAGUCGACCAUAUGGAUUUGAAGAAGAAUUGAAGGAAAACUUUGACCAGUGUCGAUUUUAUCGCUUGAAACCAUUUUCGGGGGAAGAUAUCAUACGCUCAUUUGACAUAUAUCUUUGUACAAAUUUAGACGAUUACAAAAAUUACGAAACGAAACAUCGCUACGAUAUACUUGAAAAACUGUAUGAAGUUUUGAUCCUUGCUUUGAAAGAUAUCAUAACUGUUCCACUAUUGCUGUACAUGGUACAGGUUGUCCUGUUGCCCGAGAUUAAAAGACGUGUGAAUAACAACCACCAUACCAUAUCGAGGCAUAUAUUGGACCAAACAAAUGCAAUGCAAAUUGAUAAGCUUUUUGUGGUUGAAAAAUUUAUCGAGAAAAAGUUACAAAUUUUAGUCGUAGACAAAACAGGCAUGACCGAUGCUGCUGGCAUGACGGCUGCAGCCAGGACAAUCGAAGCGAGAUUAAAAAAAGAAUUAAAAGAACAGCACAUGCUGUUGGCAAUGUAUGUCAUUUUCAAUAAAAACGAUAGAGACAAACUGUUGACUGAUAAGGAACAGGAGCUUGCUGACGAGAUAAUGAAGGAAGUGAACGAAGGCGAUGAAAAAAUGGGAAUCGUUCUUGGAGUGCAACAUAGAGAGCCUCAGUUUCUGCACCGAAGUUUUGCCGAGUACUUCGCUGCUUGUUGGUUGUACGAAAAUUGGGAAUGGUUGAAGAGUGAAAAGAUUUUUCACUCUCCAACGUUUUGGACUUAUUCCUUGAAGGAAACUCGUGAAUUUUUCGAUCGACGUAUACUUAGAGAAAGCGACGGUUGUGAUCUGCACCUGGCACUGAUGAACGGAUCUGACAACAUGUUUGCAGAAAUACGGCACUCCCAGUUUGAAGACAUGCUGCAUGACAAUCCUUCGGCAAUUUCUGCCCGCGAUAAGGUUGGACGCUUGCCAUUGCAUUUAGUGGAAUACAAACCACAUAGAACAAUGAAAUGGAUAUUAGAAAGGACGCCUCCCGAGCUUAUUAAUGAAAAGGAUGAGCUUUGUGGAUGGAAUGCAUUGGAUUAUGCUUUUAUUCUUAACAUGGGGGAUUUGAUAGAAAUACUCUUUAAUGGCAAUGUUCGACCUGAUAUGGACAAUUUGUUUGACCAGGUGUGUUCUAAUGAUUUAGCUGUAUUACUUGUGAAAGGAAAUGAGUAUGUGAACAUAUUAAAUGAUCGUUUAAAACAAGCGGAAUUAGCACAGGUAUUCAGCGAGCGUGUGGCAAAGUAUCUAAUUGCAGAGAAACAAUUCGAUAUUCAUGCUCCACUUGCAGAGUUGGAUUCGUUUUCGGUGCUGGAAAAGGUUGUAACUAUGAACAAUCUGCCCAUGUUUCGUCAAUUAGUUACAAAAUCAGGCCCAGACGCGUUGGCUUUGGACAAUCGUGUCAAUCGAUUGUUACGGUUAUUAUUGCAGGAAAAAUAUGACAAUAUUAAAUCAUAUCUUGUUGAACACCACCCCUCUACCUUGUCCAUAAUCAAUGACAAUCGAGAUUUAUUUAUAAGCUCUGCAAAAGCGAUUGAAAAUAAUCAAAUAGAUCUGUUCAAAACAAUCUUUGGGCAAUUCUGCAUCAAUCAGAACAUUGAAUGUGUUGAAGAGGACACUUUUAUAAAUGAAGUUGAAACCCAAGAUGAAAACGAAUUGUUUGAAAUAGAGAUUCCCUUUGAAGAUGACUGCUGUUACGAAUCGUCCAACGAUGAUCAGUAUUUCAAUAUUGAAGGUUUACUAUCUAUUGCGAUACACUACGGCAACACACAAAUAGUUAGUUAUAUACUUCAGAAGACGAAAAUGGUCGUUACGGUAGAGUUUGUUAAAACGAUUUUGCAACAACUGCGAAUACAUCGCCACCUAACCGGGAAUCAUAAAAAAUGUAUGCCUGCAUUCAAGUAUCUAUUCAGCCAGAUCGUCGAUCUGUACGCUGUUGACGAAGAAAGGGAGAAUUUGUUUCUAAUGUUCAUUAAAAUAGGUUGUGUGUACAUGUUGCAUAGCUUGUUUACCGCUGGGUUGGAUCCAAAAAAGAUCAAUGUGCUGAUUGGAUUGGAUGAAGAUGAAUGUUUUGUUUUUCGGCAAUGUUUAAAAACUUUAAACGAAAAAUGUUCUGCCAAUAUAUGUGUGUACCUUCAGCAACGAUCGAUUAUGGAUUGUUUCGAUACGUUUGGCCCAACCGGUGAGAGUAUUUUUGAAUUUACAAUUGAUAUAGAGCGAUUCAUAGUAGCACAAGCGCUAGUUGAAGAGAAAUUCCGCAAUCUUUCUUAUUUAGACAAAGAAAUUGCUGUGUUGUUUUUAUUGCAUGACCUGUCGUCCAAAUAUUAUAAAAAACUAAUUUCUGAUUUUAUACAAAGCCUCUUAAAAGAAAGUUCUACUGAAGGUGAAAUGGACAAUAAUCUGUGGCACUCAAUUUAUUCCUCCGCCGACAAACAGAGACCAUUUAAUAAAUUUCAUCUAGUUGAACAAUUUGUAGAGCGAAAAUUACAAAUUUUAAUCUCAGAUAAAUCAGGAAUGUCAGACUCUACCGUAAAGAUGAUUCAAGCUAAGAAUAACGAAGAUCAGUGGAGAAAACAGCACAUGCUGUUGGCCAUCUAUGUCAUUUUCAAUAAAAACGAUAGAGACAAACUGUUAACUGAUAAGGAACAGGAGCGUGCUCACAAGAUAAUGAAGGAAGUGAACGAAGGCGAUGAAAAAAUGGAAAUCGUUGUUGGAGUGCAACAUGGAGAGCCUCAGUUUCUGCACCGAAGUUUUGCCGAGUACUUCGCUGCUUGUUGGUUGUACGAAAAUUGGGAAUGGUUGAAGAGUGAAAAGAUUUUUCACUCUCCAACGUUUUGGACAUAUUCCUUGAAGGAAACUCGUGAAUUUUUCGAUCGACGUAUACUUAGAGAAAGCGACGGUUGUGAUCUACACUUGGCAUUGAUGAAGAAUUCUGAGCAAGAGAUUGACGAGAUACUGAGUAAUAAUCCUUCGGCGAUUACUGCUCGGGAUAAGCAAAAGAUGCCGGCCAACAUGUAUGUGUACCUUCAACAACGAUCGAUUGUGGAUUGUUUCAAUAGCUUUGGCCCAACAGGUGAGAGUAUUUUCGAUUUGGCAAUUACCAACGAUAAUGUCAUAGUAUCACAGGCGCUAGUUGAAGACAAAUUUCGCAAUCUGUCUAGCACAUAA